GGAGCAAUGGAGUCUCCACAGUUUUCCUCACUGUCUUCCUUGAGGGGAGAGUUUAAACCUGAGGAUUAUAUCCAACCCCACUACAAGGAGUCAUAUCGCCUGGCGAUUGAUCGCCUGGUUAAUAACGGCAGAGACAGUUACCAUGAGUUCCUCAAGGGAGAACGCAUCGGAAGCUUCCUCUCUGAAGAAGAACUUCUCUUCAUCUCCACAAAUGCAGAACUGCUCCCACCUCAAACUCAAACAGAAGAAAUCAAUGGCCCACCAGACAGCCAAUCAUCCUCAGGGACGUACUGGCCCAUGCACUCGGAUGUGGACACGCCAGAUUUAGAUUUAGGGUGGCCAGAGGUCAUGCAUGACCAAUUGCAGACAAAUAUAGAUCUCCUCUUUCAUCCACCAAGACAAAACAACGCCACGAUCAAAGAGGUGAUACGGAAGCAUAUUCAGGAUGCAAGACAGGUCAUUGCCAUUGUGAUGGACAGGUUCACUGAUGUGGACAUAUUCAAAGAAACUGUUGAGGCCUCCAUACGAGGAGUUGCAGUCUAUGUGCUUCUGGCUGAUUCUCAUUUGAAAAGUUUCCUCACAAUGGUUGAAAAUCAAGAUAUAAAAAUUCAACAGCUCAGGAACGUUAGGGUGCGGAUUGUGAGAGGUCAGGAUUACCUCUGUCGAUCAGGAGCUAAAUUUCAUGGUGCAGUCGAGCAGAAGUUUCUUUUGGUCGACUGCCACACAGCAAUCUAUGGCUCGUACAGCUUCACUUGGUCAUUUGAAAAGAUCAAUCUGAGCAUGGUGCAGGUCAUUACAGGCCAUCUGGUGAGGUCCUACGAUGAGGAGUUUCGAACUCUCUAUGCCCGCUCAACUGUGCCAGCUGAACUGUGCACCCCGGAUGAUUUGUUCCCAUUCAAUGGGCCACAUGGAUGUCAGAUUUUGCCAAAACGUGCAUCUCACUCUGCCCAAAAAAUCGAGCGGAGGGACCAGUUGAGGCACACGCUGGACACAGUCUAUCGAAAGACCUGUGAGAGGAGGCUAGGCACAAGAGACCUUGAAGAGAGACUCUUUGAAGAAGUUAAUGAAUUUGGGCCCGUAGUUGAAAAUGGGAUUGGUGUUCAAAACCAGAUGCCCCACUUCCAGUCUGCAGAGAUGACAAACUUCUUGAAAAGGCACAGCUAUGCUGGAGAGAGACAAGAUGGAGGUAUCCCACAGGACAUCAGAUCCAGAGCAAGCAACUGGAAUAUCUCUAGAGAUAUGGGAAAUGGGAUAAACAACUAUCCCAAAGACAAUUAUUUACAAGUGCCACCAAUCUACAGAGGUCAAAACAUGCGUCAAUCUUACAAUGGCAAUGACGAACAGCUUCUAUGCCUGCAGCAGAACAUGCCAACGCUGGAAAAUACCUCCAAGUCAUUCAUGCGCACAUUGAGGAUCGAGUCUUACCUCAAAAAUCAAGAUGUCCCAUUUGGAGACUCUUCUGAUUAUUUAGACCAGUUUGAACCACAGGACAAAGGUAGUAGUUUCAUGCAGGGAAGAAUGAGGUCUUCUCUUGUUUUCAGGUCCACCAUACCAGAGCAAAUUGAGCCAAAUAGACACAUAAAUAACAUGUCCACAGGUGUUCACGGCUCAGCAGCACCAAACACUACUGCACACUACUCAUCAAUGCAGUGGAAUCCAACUUCAGCAGCUGAGAGUAGGAGGAAUAAUGACGAAUUCAUGUUGAAAAGACAAAGUUUGCAGAUAUUGGAUGACUCUUGGAAUAAUACAAACUAUGGUCCAGGGAGAAACCCUUACCACUCUGUAUACACCAGCCUAGGCAGAGCUAAAGGUGGGCAGAUGAUUGAAAACCCUGACAUCAUGACAGACAACUGGCACAAAAGGCACAGUGUGGCAGAUCCAAGAUCAAACUCUGAAUACACUCAUGAAUCCUCAAGUCACAUGUAUGGAGCUUUCGCAAGGUUGCAGGUUAAUAGAAGCGGAGCGGGGAUCAAUGCACAGAAUGGCGUAUAUGGUUUAAAUCUGAAGGAAGAUCAGAGGUCUGUCUCUCAUUAUGAUGUCAAGAGCAUUAAGGACACGAAGGACCCCACUACCAAAUGGCAGGAGUCACCAGCCAGGACUGUGUCUGAAGCCAUUCUGGAUGUGAAUAACAGGGAUUUGACGGUUAAAUCCAAUAGCAUGGGCUCUCAGCAUUUUUUAAAGAAGAGUUCCAAGAAAAUAAAAUCUUUAUUGAACAUACCAGAGAAAAAACAGGAUUCAAUUAGAACCAUGGAAACACCAAGUGUAACAUCAGAGUGCAGUACAGACACAAUAACAGCCGAGGAUGAGCAGAAGAUAUCAGAUAGAGGAGGUAGACAUCACCAAAGUACAACCAGCUCAGUAAGGUCUCACUCGGAACGUAAUCAGUUAGUAGAUGAUCUGAAGUAUUCAAAACCUAGAUUCAGAACUGAGGAGUACCAACAUCCACCGCAGAUGUCUCACUCCAAACUAAUCUCACAGAGUAAGUCUGCUGCUGCAGAUAAAAGUGCAAGACCUGGACAUGACGAAGGAAGCUGGAGCAAAGACAGAGGAGCUGAGAAUAGCCUAUACAACAGAUAUGAGUCUUUAUGCUCAUUUGAAAAGAAACACCCUCUUCGCUAUACACACAGCUUCAGGUCUCAGGAGAAAACCAAAAACCUUCCUGAAGGUGAAACAGCCAUUGAAGAUAAUCUCACCCGUGCUGCGAGAGGGCACCAUGAAAAUAAACUAGAGAAAUUCUUUCAGAGGGUGGGAAAUCUCAUACACAAAAACAAGUAG